GUUGCGUAGCAAGGCCUCUCAUUGAUACUGGGAUUUGGACUAGGGAUCGAUCCAAGAUAGGUAGUGUGCCCACCCAAAACUUGUCCACGUUAUAAGCAAUAGAGGAGAGGGAUGGGAAGGGGAGUUGCCUCUCUCGACAAAGAACCCAUUUUCGAUUUCGUUUCUUUGAACGCUUUCCAACCAAGAAUCGUACUCAAGCAAUCCCCAAGUUUAAGAGGAGGACGCUAGGAAAGGAAUAAAAGAGAAUAUCAACAGGCGGAUAGUUAAAAGAUGCACAGAACUCCAAGGAUCUUCUGUUCAUCUGCAUGGAGGGGAAAACAUAGAAUUGGAGUCCUCAAAAAUUACUCCACCACGUCUCUACUCUUUGAUGAGACGCAGAAGCAGUUCAAGGAAAGUGUCUCCCAGUUUGCGCAAGAUAAGAUUGCUCCUCAUGCAGCAAAGGUGGACGCUACCAACAACUUCCGAAAGGAUGUUAAUUUGUGGAAGCUCAUGGGGAACUUUAAUCUUCACGGAAUCACCGCUCCAGAGGAGUAUGGUGGACUUGGUCUUGGUUAUUCAUAUCAUUGCAUAGCAAUGGAAGAAAUUAGUAGAGCUUCUGGAGCUGUGGGCCUUUCAUAUGGUGCACAUUCAAACUUGUGUAUUAAUCAUCUGGAACGCCAUGGGAAUGAUGCUCAAAAGAAGAAGUAUUUACCCAAGCUCAUUAGUGGUGAGCAUGUUGGAGCACUGGCAAUGAGCGAGCCAAAUGCUGGUUCUGAUGUUGCCAGCAUGAAAUGCAAAGCUGAUCGUGUUGACGGUGGCUAUGUCAUAAAUGGCAACAAGAUGUGGUGUACAAAUGGACCCAUCGCUCAAACUCUGAUUGUUUAUGCAAAAACAGACAAAACAUCUGGGUCGAAAGGAAUUACUGCAUUUAUCAUUGAAAAAGGAAUGAAAGGCUUCAGUACUGCACAGAAAUUAGAUAAACUUGGAAUGAGAGGAAGUGAUACAUGUGAACUUGUUUUCGAGAAUUGUUUUGUCCCACAGGACAAUGUUCUUGGACAGGAAGGCAAAGGUUAAAUAUUGUAAUUCAUCUAUGUUCUUUUUAGAUUUGAGUCUGCU